AUGUCUCAUUUUGAACGGCCAGAGGACACGCAUUUAUUUUCAAGAAGAAGAAGAGUUCAAAUAAAUAAAAAAAAGCACGUUGAGGAAAUCGUUAAAAAAAUAAGAACAAUGGACGAAGAGUUGUCAAUAUCACUGGUAAUAAUCCUUAUAAUCGGUGGAUUAAUGAUAACAGCCUUACUAACUUGCUACGCGUGUAUAUUCCGCGACCUGUGUUGCCAAAAAGUCGAUCGCGCUAAACGCCGUCGCGUAUGCAGAAGUCCAGGAGGCUCUGGAGAACUUGGACAAAACCGACACGAUAUGAUCCAUAUGAACAACAUGAUUCAGCUGAACGAUAUCACCCAAGGCGACAGCAUGCCUACGGAGACUGAAAACAUCUGA